UUGUAACUUGAUGAUUGUUAUAAACCACUGUGGGCAGUUGGUAAAGCUUGGCAAUGAUUAUGAGUAUUAUGGAGAAGAGGUCACUGAAAGAUAUGGAUUUGACAAAGAUAGAUUUGGUUAUUUUGAUUUAUUAGAAGAAGUUCAAAAAUUAGGGUACACUAAAGGAGAGAAACUGUAUUAUAGGGCUUACAACAGUAGAAAGUAUAUUCACAUGCACAAUGAUGAGGGUGUCAUGGAAAUGCUUUCUAAGAUGGAACCUGGCAGGCAUUAUGUUCAAGUAUAUGUUGAUUUUGGUUCCACAAAUGAAAGUAGAGGUGAUGAUAAGCAAAAAGGCAUAGCAGCUGUGCAACAAGCAACUGAUGAUAAUGUUUGUGAGUAUAGCACAUAUGAGGAGUAUAUUGUAGAAGAAGACAGUUCAGAAUCAGAUGAAGAAGAAAGUUCAGAAUCAGAUGGACUGAGUGGAGAUGAAUUAGGAACUGAUGAUGAAGAAUACUUUGAAGCAAGGAGCAAAAGAGUUGGACCCAAAAAAGUUGCAGAUGAAGAAACUGAAAAUUUCACGUUAUCUUCUGAAAAGGGGUGUGGUUCCACAAAUGAAAGUGACUUUCAGUCUCUGAGGGAAGAUCAUUCUGAUUAUGCAGACUCGGCAGAAGAGGUUUAUUCCGAUUCUUCAAGCUCAGGAGGGUUUAGUGGAGAUGAUGAUGUCAGUCAUAGGAAGAAGAAGACAAAUAUAAUAAUGUAUGAUGCCAAGGUUGACCAUAAGCAAUUCAAGGUUGAACUUGGUAUG